AUGGCAGAUUCAAAAGGCCGGAAGCAGGCUACGCUGGGGCGAUUUUUCGGCUCGAAUGCGGACCCCAAAGAAGCACCUAAGAAACAGACUACACUUUCUUUCUCUGGCAAGAAAGAUAAGGCUGAGAAAGUUGCGACGAAAUCAGCGACAACACACGAUUCUUCAUCUGCAGAUGGAGAGGGCGCCAAUGGGGCGGAAAGUGAAGUUACUACAAAAGCAGAUGUAGUUGAGACUAAGCCAAAGCCAGCUCCGGAAAACGGACAUAAUGACUCUAAUGACCUGAAAAGGAAAGAGAGUGAGGAAGAAGCCAGUGACAGUGAUGUUCAGCCUGCGCAGAAACGGAGACGGAGGACUUCACGAAGCCAGGAAGGAACCCCUUCUCCGAAGAAGAAAUCUAAGACUCCAUCUCCUAAGCGCUCCACAUCCAAAAAAGACAUUAAACUCGAAAAGACAGAGCAGCCGGCUGUUGUAAAGGAAACGUCGGGGGAGGAGACUCCUGAGGAAGACAAAUCUGAGGAGGAAGCGUUGUCGGCCAGUGAAGACGAGGAGAAGCCCGAGGCGAUGAAGAAGACCAUGGAAAAAGUGCAGGCUACGUUGAAAGCGAGCGGCAGUGAGCCAUAUCCGGACUGGAAGCCUGGGACCCCCGUUCCUUAUGCAGCAUUGUGCACGACCUUCUCACUCAUCGAAAUGACCACCAAACGAUUGGUGAUUCUUGCCCAUUGCUCUCUGUUUCUUCGCCAAGUCCUUCGGUUGACACCUGAGGACCUCCUUCCUACAGUUCAGCUUAUGAUCAACAAACUAGCUGCCGAUUAUGCCGGAAUCGAACUGGGAAUUGGCGAGUCUCUGAUCAUGAAAGCCAUUGGCGAGAGUACCGGCCGCAGUUUGGCGGUCAUCAAGGCAGAUCAGCACGAGAUUGGAGACCUAGGCUUGGUGGCAGCUAAGAGUCGGUCGAACCAGCCUACCAUGUUUAAGCCGAAGCCAUUGACAGUCCGGGGAAUCCAUGAAGGUCUCCUGGGUAUUGCUAAAGUCCAGGGCCACGGUUCUCAGGACAAGAAAAUCUCCGGUAUUAAGAAGCUUCUCUCUGCUGCCGACCCUGAAACAGCGGGAAAGGGUAGCAAAGGUGUGGAUAUCACGAAGAACAAGGGUGGCCCCAGCGAGGCCAAGUUUAUUGUUAGGUUUUUGGAAGGGAAAUUAAGGCUAGGGUUGGCAGAAAAGACCGUUCUUGUCGCCCUUGCUCAAGCAGUGGUGACUCAUGAAGCCGCCCUCCGAGGAGAGAAGACUCCUUCUCCCGAAAAGUUGGCUGAAGGCGAGGCUAUCUUAAAGACGGUGUACAGCGAAUUACCCGCUUAUGAGAUUAUUAUUCCCGCCAUGCUUGAGAACGGCCUGUCCAAGCUCCACGAGACUUGCAAGCUACAGCCCGGUAUCCCGAUUAAGCCUAUGCUUGCUAAGCCGACGAAAUCCAUCACCGAAGUCCUUGACCGUUUCGAAGGAAAGGAAUUUACUUGCGAGUAUAAGUACGACGGAGAGAGAGCACAGAUUCACUACGUGGCACCAGACGCAACCCACAACUACCCGGAAGCACAGCACACAUUACAAAAGGAUGGCAAAGGCCUCGCUGCCAUUUUCUCUCGUAACUCCGAAGACCUGUCGAAGAAAUACCCAGAUGUGCUGGCUAAGCUCGACAGCUGGAUCAAAGACGGCGUGAAGAGCUUCGUCUUGGACUGCGAGACCGUUGCUUGGGAUACGGUGAACAAGAAGGUUCUACCCUUCCAGCAGCUGAUGACCCGCAAACGCAAGGAUGUGAAGGCAGAAGACGUCAAGGUCAAAGUCUGUGUAUUUGCCUUUGACCUCUUGUUCUUAAAUGGAGAGCCUACUGUCAAGAAGUCACUCCGCGAACGCCGAGAACUCUUACAUGACGCAUUCCAGAUUACGGAAGGCGAAUUCCAGUUCGCUCAGUUCGGUAACACCAAUGUACUGGAUGAGAUCCAGGAGUUGCUGGACGACAGUGUCAAAGCGUCGUGCGAAGGUUUGAUGGUCAAGAUGUUGGACACGAACGAAAGUGGCUACGAGCCGAGCAAGCGGAGUCGGAAUUGGCUCAAGGUCAAGAAGGACUACCUUAGCGGUGUCGGUGAUUCGCUUGACCUAGUCGUUCUCGGUGCUUACUACGGGCGAGGCAAGCGUACCUCCGUCUAUGGUGCCUUCCUUCUGGCGGCGUACAACGCCAAUACGCAAGCCUACGAGUCAAUUUGUAACAUUGGCACCGGGUUUUCCGAAGCUAACCUCGAGGAGCUUCACAAAGAGCUGUCUCCCCUGGUCAUUGAUCGACCCAAGCCGUUCUACACUCAUUCGACCGUCCCCAAGGAUCAGCCUGACGUCUGGUUUGAGCCUCGGCUGGUUUGGGAAGUGAAGACCGCCGAUCUGACGCUCAGCCCACGAUAUCAAGCUGCGGCUGAUGAGUUUGUGGGUACGACCGGUGGAGGCAAGGGUGUUUCUCUCCGCUUCCCCCGGUUCAUCAAGUCACGAGAGGACAAGAAGCCGGAGCAGGCGACGACGACGCGGCAAGUAGCCGAGAUGUAUCGGAAACAGGAGGCGGUCGCGAAGGAAAAUGCGGGUAAGAAGGGAGUGGACGAUGAUUUUGAAUAUUAG